GUAGUAAGGUUGUAUUGCUAGCUAACUGUAACUGUUAAACACGAGAGCAGUGUUGAAUAGUGUAUUUUGGAGUAUUCAGACACAGAUUUAUCAAUACAGACAUAUAUUCAUAUAACGAGCUAUGCCCGGUGAUAGUAUGGACAAGCCGAACUUAGUUACAUGCACCGCUCCUGUGAAUAUAGCUGUCAUUAAAUACUGGGGGAAGAGAAAUGAAGACUUAAUUCUCCCCAUUAACUCCUCAUUAAGCGUCACAUUGCAUCAAGACCAGCUGAAAACAACCACAACAGUUGCAACCAGCAGAUCAUUUCAGGAAGAUCGUAUAUGGCUCAACGGCAAAGAGGAGGACAUCACCCACCCGAGACUGCAAUCCUGUCUGAGAGAGAUUCGACGACUAGCAAGGAAGAGACGUAAUGACGAGGACCCAGCUUUGGACUGGACCGGUUUGUCUCACAAAGUCCACAUCUGCUCUGUAAACAACUUCCCCACUGCUGCCGGGCUCGCCUCCUCAGCUGCUGGAUUUGCUUGUCUAGUUUACACUCUGGCCCGGGUGUUUGGCGUAGAGGGGGAGUUGUCCGGGAUUGCUCGGCAAGGAUCAGGCAGCGCAUGUCGCAGUAUGUAUGGAGGGUUUGUCCAGUGGAUCAUGGGACAGAAAGACGAUGGAAAGGACAGUCUAGCCCAGCAGGUGGAGCCAGAGACUCAUUGGCCUGAGCUCAGAAUCCUUGUCCUUGUGGCCAGUGCUGAAAGGAAGCCAGUUGGCAGCACCUCUGGGAUGCAAACCAGUGUGCAAACAAGCUGUCUCCUAAAGCACAGGGCCGAGUCUGUCGUCCCGGGUCGGAUGAUCGAGAUGACUGAAGCAGUGCGAAAAAAGGACUUUGCUUCAUUUGCUGAACUAACCAUGAGGGACAGCAACCAGUUCCAUGCAACUUGCCUCGACACGUACCCUCCUAUCUUCUACCUGAACAGUGUGUCUCAACAGGUCAUCAAUUUGGUGCAUCGGUAUAACAGACACUACGGGGAGACGAGGUUGGCCUACACAUUUGAUGCAGGACCCAACGCUGUUAUCUUCACUCUUCAGCAGCACGUUCCCGAGUUUGUUCAGACAGUUCGGCAUUUCUUUCCCCCAGAGACCAACGGAGGACAGUUUAUUAAGGGUCUUCCAGUUAACCACACUGCUCUCUCUGACGAGCUGAAACGGGCUAUUGGCCUAGAGCCCAUGCCGAAGGGAAUUAGCUACAUUAUUAGUACCAAGGCUGGACCAGGCCCUCGUGUUGUGGAGGACCCCACUCUGCAUCUUCUUGGAUCUGAUGGGCUGCCUAAAGAAACUGCGUGAUGCACUGUAGCCCUUAAUGGACAAAGUUCCACUGAGGAAUAAUGAAGCUGUUUCAUCAGAGAUAAAAUCUGCAUUAUUCAUUUGAAAUUCAGUUUUCACAGAUCACAGCAACACUAGACACCUCCCUGACCAUUUUUAAUGCUAGCAUGUCCUUCCUCUUUCAAACUGCACAGGGAGGUUUUGUUUUAGCUCAGUCUUAGCUGUAUUUGACUAACUGGUUCAGUCACAGACAUGGACAUGUGCCCGACUGUGAUGUGUGAAACAAUUCACUCUGCUGUUUCUUAAGGGCACUGUCAGUGUGCUCUUAAGCGAUGCAUAAUGCAACCAUAAAUGCAGUUUACCUCUGCAGCUGACUGCAUGCUCUCUGCUCCAUCUGAAUUUUUGAAUUUGAAUUCAUGUACAGUAUGUAGCCAUAUGCUUAAGGAGGGUGUUAUAAUUAUGGUCACUUUAAUUAUGUUUUCAUUUUAAUCUUGUGAAAACACAAUUUAAAGGGGUACAAUAUCCUCAAUAUGAGGGUUUUCAGUUAGACAUGCAAUGUUAACACGGAUUUAUGAUGAGAAUUUUGCUUUUUUCACAUGUGCCAAUGAACAAAGAAUCCAGAAAUAGCAAAUAUUGUUGUUUUAAUGAAGUAAACAGGGACGUAUGCUCUGCACAUCCAAAACACAUUGCCUUGUCUUCAGCCCUUUCUGACCAGGACUAAAAGUGCAACUUAUCUAUAUGCUUUCACCUUUAGUCCCAGUCCUGUUUACUUAAAAUAGUCAAAAAUGUUUGACGUUUUUUUAUUCUUUGUUCAGCAAAGGCGCACAAAAGUUUUUCGGGUUUAUUUUCAUGAAUUCAAGGUAACACAGCAUGAAUAAUGAAUAUUUAAAUUGUCUCUUUGUGGGUGAAGUAUUUCUACUGAAAUCAGGUAAAUUUCAUUCUGUAUCAUGACAUAAAAUAUAUUUUAGUCAAUAUAA